GAGGAUGCAGGAGGAGGUGUUCAAGUUCAAUUAGGACGGCCCCCAGAAGGUCUCCCUGCAGAGGAGAAGCAGUCAGAGGGAGACGCCGGGCCGUCGCCAUGCAUUCUGUGGGCAAGUCAUGGCUGCUGCUCACCGGCUUUGUCUUCUUCUACGUCAUCUACCUGCUGUUCGGAGCGCUGGUGUUCUCCAGCAUCGAGCGGCCGGUGGAGGACAAACUGCGCCACGACAUUGAGCGUCUUAAAGAGGAGUUUCUGAACCAGAGCUGCGUCAACGCCGCCUCGCUCGAACUGUUCCUCAACAAAGUUCUGACGGCCAACAAGUACGGCGUGUCCGUCCUCAGGAACUCCUCAGGGAGGUCCAACUGGGACCUGGCUUCCUCCAUGUUCUUCGCAAACACUCUGGUCACGACUGUAGGCUAUGGUCACCCCACCCCUCUAUCUGACGCUGGGAAAGCCUUCUCCAUCUUCUAUGCCCUGAUAGGAGUUCCCUUCACCAUGCUGGUGCUCACCGCCUGCGUGCAGAGGGUCAUGCACCCUCUGGUUCUCGCUCCAGUCACCCUCCUGCAGCGCUUGGGUUUGAACCCUCGGCCAGCCACAGUCGUACACUUCCUGCUGCUCCUGAUUGUGGUGGUUCUGUGCUUCUUCAUGGCGCCAGCGGCCGUGUUCAGCAUGGUGGAGGUGUCUUGGACGUUCUUAGAUGGCAUCUACUUCUGCUUCAUCUCCCUGUGCACCAUCGGACUGGGGGAUUUCGUUCCAGCCGCACGGCCUGGGCAGCAGUACAGAGCGCUGUAUCAGGUUGCUGUUAUGGUCUACCUGUUCUUGGGUCUGAUGGUGAUGUACCUCCUACUGCGGACCUUCCACAAGAUGGCCGACGUGCACGGCCUGACCACCCUUCUGCAGCUGCCGCGCUGUGAGGAGUCUGUGCUGGAGGACACGGAGCCCAUCGUCAAUAACGACCCCACUCCCCCUCGACUAAAAGACGAGGCCGCCGGCAAACCCCUGGAUCCAGGAUCCCAGCCGUCGUACAACUCCAUCAACAAAGGCUGAGCCAGCGGAGAACGGAGGGGAAAAAACGUUUACCUCUGAGGAUCCUCCAGGAUCGGUGGGCUGAAUCUGAACUCUUGUCUUAAUUUCAUUAGAUGUAAAACAGCCAAACAGGAGAGGCAAUGCUUGGAUGAAUGGAGAUGAGCUUUAAGAUUCAACCUUUCUUAGAGGAUGUGAAAUGUUCAAGCCAGACUCUGAACAGAAUAACUGAAGGAACUGCACAGGCUAAAAUGCACAGAAGAAUGUGGUUUUUACCUCGACACUGGUGUGACUCUGGUGUGACUCUGGUUUGUUUACAGUCUUUAAAACCACAGGAUGGGGUUUGGUCAACAGCUUUUUUAAUAUUCGCUUUGGUCUUUUGUAUAUUUGUUCUUGGUUUUGUGCCACAUGUUUGGGUUUCUAAAAUAGAACUAAUAAUUAAUGUCCUUUUUGUUUUUUAACAGAACCUAUUUUACAUGAGUUUUUUCAGCCGUGUCCCUGACCAUUCAAAUGUGCUCAUUGCCAGUAAUGGCUGUCCAUUUAAAUAAAAGUGUGUAAAUGAUUUCA